AUGCCAUAACCUCAAUCUGAGCCAGCUGCGUGUGGAUUUGUUUUGGGGGGAAAUAUCCAGGAAACGCAGUAUGCUGAGAAGAUGACUGAGCCGACAGUGAGUAAUUUGGGAGUUAAAUUGGAAGAAUUUUGCACGAAUCUUGCGAAUCCGGACAGAAGAGUUCGGCAGAGAGCCCUCCAGGGAUUGCUGGAGCUGUGUCAGUCGGAUGCAGUUCAUGUGGACAAUGCCACAGAUAUUUUUGACUACAUCUACCUGCAUAUCCUGAAGGGAUAUGGGGACAAAUAUGAGAGUUGUCGUACCGUGGCAGCUUCUGUGGUCACAGAGAUGCUGGAAAAGCUUCCGGAAAAUGAGUUUUAUUUGGCUUAUGUGAUUCCCACGAUAGCUCGAAGGAUUGGUCAGAAGGAACUUGUGGAGGAGUCUGAAGAAUUGCGUCUGCAGCUUCUUGAACAACUUACGGGGAUUGUGAUGAAGUAUUCUGGGCGAAAUCCAGUAUUUGUUGGGAAGGAUCCCCUGCUCAAGGCAUACAAUGACAUUGUCGAUAUUCUCCUGAAAACCCUCACAGAUCCCUAUCCUAAUAUUCUGAAGCAGAGCUGUGUGUUGAUUAAAGAACUGAGCCUUGCUACUCCAAGUUUUCACUAUCGAGCUGAAGUUCUCGCUAAUCCUCUCAUGGCAAUUCUAAAGCAUCGUCAUUCUCCCAUCCGGACAGCUGCUGUGGAGGCUCUGGGUACUGUAGUGCUCCACAUUACCACAAAUACCGACUGCAUCGUGAAGAUUAUUGUAGAAUUGAGCCGAUUCGUGAUGGAUGAUUCGGCAAAUGUUCGCAGGGAAUGCGGCAGAGUUGGCUGUCAGAUGAUGCUGGAUCUGAGAGAUCGGUAUGGGAUGUUUGAUAGGAUUCUUCCGUUAGUUUUUGGAUGUCUCAGCGACGAGUGCCCUGAAGUGGCGAAGGAAAUUGAGAAUCUUUGGGUGAAAUGUGGUCAGAAGUUUUAUAUGGAGAAUGAAAAGGAACUCAUGAAGAUUGCUCUGGUGGACAAUCCUGUGGACACGUAUCCGGAAGAGUGGAAAAGACCAACAUUGGGCUGUCGAGCUAUUGCUCAGCGUGGUUUCAAGAUGAUUAACAUUAUUCUGCAUGAAAUGGAGGAGUGGAAGGAAGAAAUCCGAUUGCACGCGACUCUCCUCCUAACCCAAACUGUUCUUCAUGCCGAGAAGGCCAUUCUGCCAUACCUGGCUGAUAUCUAUCCAGUUCUGGCCAAGACUUGCAUGGAUGAGAAUCGCUGGGUGGCAGCAGAAGCAGUCAAAGUGGCCAAAUUGCUGGGCAGUCUUGUGGAUUACGGCGACUGGAGCACCAGAGCGAUGGAAUGUCUGGAACAUUGGCCAAAUCUUGGCCAUCUCAAGUGCUUCAUUGCGAUGUUUGUGGGAUCAGGACCUUCCAAAUGGAGCGACUGCAUAAAAAUCUCCAAGCUCCUCAUUUCCCUCUCCAUAAAUCUCGACUCUGACUUCCAGAAUCAUCUGCUGAUGAUCACAGAAAUCCUCGUGGGAGAGUAUCAAGCCCAUGGGAAGGAAGAACAUGAACUAGAGAAAAAUCUCUACAGAGUUCUUGUGACAAUCCUGGCCCUGAGUGAAGAAGAAUCCCUCCCAGGCAGGAUUAUCACAGCCCUGAUGGCUCUGGGUCAGCCCACAUCGGCAGAUAUCAAUGAUCUCCACAGAAAGCAUCUCGAAAGUGUCGUCAAAUCCAUUGAAGAUCUCGACAGUAUAAAUUCCGAACGUUCAGAACCGAUUCUCUUUCUCUACGGACUUCUCUUUCACUGUGGCUUCCACAUUCCAGCCUUCUCGGCGCUCCAGGAUGCCGUGGAAACAGUGAUGACUCUGGGCUGUGCAGAAGCCAAAAUCAAGAUCCUUUGUGGAGUCUCUGCGGCCAUGCUCAAAUGGCCAGAGACAAUUCACACGAGCCUGGAAGGGAGAGUAGCCAUGCUGAGAGCCUUUCUGGACACAAACAUCGUUCCAGGGCUCGUGUGGAAGGCGGGAUUCAGUGCAGAGUCUAUCAGAGCCAUGUGCGCAACUGUUGUGGCAGCGGCAGCUCGAGGAGCACCCGAAGAAUCCUUCAUAAUCGUCCCGGAUAUCGUUGAUCAUUUAAUUGUUCUGCUCGAUGACAAUCUCGUAGUGAUCAGAAAAUAUGCCAUAGCGUCUCUCAUGGCAUCCGGACCUCUGCUCUAUGAUCAGCUGCGUCUAAUGGCUUUUGGAUUUAUGGCCAGAUUGGAUGAUCCCAGCGCUGAGAUUAGAUAUACAGCAGCUAAAGCACUAACGACUCUCAAAUUGAAGGCUGGACUGGAAAUUGGCCAAGCUGAUGCCUGGAAGAGGGUAGUCAAGGAGAUUUUCUCAAAGAUACUUAUCCAUCUUGAUGAUCCCGAUGAGAAUCUACGAGCUGAACUUGUGGAAACGGCAAAGUCCCUGGGGAGAGACUAUUUGGAGGAGUUCCAGGAGGUUUUCGGUGGCAUUCCAGAGAGCUGUUCUCAUGCUAAUGAAGUGAACGACCUUCGUGCGGCGAUUGAGAAAUUAUCACUUGAGAAGUGCGCAUGACAUCGUGGUUAAAUUUGCAUAAUUCUCUCAAUCUCUUUUGCAUAUAAUUUCACUUGGAUGUUUGUCUUUUUUUUUUUGCUGCACAGUCACAAAAUUACUGGGUGGUCUUCAGGUAGUCAUUAAUGGUUAGAAUGCGAAUAUCGCUCUUCUGGAGGACUGUUGCGCAAUUUUCAUUCUCAAACUCCAGCCGAAUCAUUUGAAUUGGCUCUAGUUGAAUGUAACCAUUUUUGGACAGAGUAUAGGUCUGAAUUCUGGUAUUGUAAAUCUGCAAAUAGACGAAAAUUGCCGGAGCUCGUGCCUUUACUUCCAGAGAGAUUUGGCUCACGGAGAAACUACAUCGGUUUGACGCUACGACGACGUCAAUGUAGGGAUUAGCAAUUCCUUGAGCAUCCUUUAAUUUCUCCGGAAAGAUGAAAUUUGUAGACAAAAUCCUGCCAGAUGUAUCUUCUAAGAGGAAGUAAAGGAAUCCUGACUUUUCCAUUACCUCUGAUCCGAAGAUAUCCACAAAAUUGAGAGUGUCCAGAAGUACAACAGUAUUUUCCUCCUGGAAGAAAGAUAUUCGCAUUUUCAAAUAAAUUAUUAUUAUUAUUUGAAAUUUUUUCAAUUUUUUGAAAACCUGUUUUUUUAGAGUAAUUGUAAAUUAUAUAUUUAAGGAAGAAUAUUAUAAAUUCAAUUCCAAUGUUUAAGAAUAAACGAAUUAAACAAAAACAUAAAA